GUGGAAGAUGGAGCCGUUGAUCCAGAUGAAACUUUGCUUGGCUACCUUCGCAACAAGCUGGGUCUGUGUGGUACGAAGGAAGCUUGUGGGACAGGAGGAUGUGGCAGCUGCACUGUCAUGAUAUCCUCGUUCGACCCCAGUCGGCAGAAGAUCUGCCACUAUGCGGUGUACACGUGCCUCACCCCCGUCUGUGCGGUGCAUGGCAUGGCUGUCACCACCGUGGAGGGAGUGGGGAGCAGCAGGACUAGAGUUCACCCUGUGCAGGAACGAUUGGCUAAAGCUCAUGGUUCUCAAUGUGGUUUCUGCACACCAGGAUUUGUCAUGUCCAUGUAUGCUCUUCUAAGGAAUGACCCUACACCAAGAUGGAACACCUUGAUGAGAAACUUUCAAGGGAACCUGUGCAGAUGCACAGGUUAUAGACCUAUUAUGGAUGGAUUUAAGACCUUCACUGAAGACUUCCAGACGUGCAUGAGAGAACAGUGUCCCGGAGGGAGCGGCUGCUGCAAGGGUGACUGUGGAGCUAUACCUGCUAGCUCUAAUCACACUCCUGUGGCACCCUCCCUGAUGUCUGAUGUUGACCUGUCACCUUUUGAUCCAAGCCAGGAGCCCACUUUCCCAGCAGAGCUGCAGGUAACAUUUGCUUUCUUUACUAUCAUACAGAUUGUAGACAGCAACCAGCCUGCUGAUGAUCCUAUAGGUAGACCCUUGGUUCAUGUGUCAGCACUAGAGCAAGCAACAGGAGAGGCACUCUUCUGUGAUGAUCUUCCCCCUCUACGAGAACCAGCACUAGAGCCCAUGCAAGGAUUGUGUCUGUGGACCCUCAAACUGCCCUUGCCACCUCUGGCGUGGUGUGUUACUUUGAUCACCAUGAUAUCCCCGGUAAAAAGUAUUUUGGACCAAUCGCUGAUGAUGAACCAAUCUUCGCUAUUGACGAGGUGGAAAGUCACGGGCAUAUUAUUGGCUGUGUUGUGGCUAAGAAUCGAGAGUUGGCACGAAAGGCAGCAGCAAGUGUCGUGGUGCAAUAUGAAGACUUCCUGCGUGCUUACUAUUGAGGAUGCAGUUUCAACCAAUUCCUUCUUCCAUACCUUGAAGCGAGUCAAGACACAUGGCGAUGUCGCUGCCGGGUUUAAAGCCGCAGAUGUCGUGUUGGAGGGAACAUUCAAGAUGGGUGGGCAGCAGCAUUUUUACCUGGAGCCUCAAUCAUGUGUCUGCGUGCCGGGGGAGAAACAAGAGAUGAAUGUGUACGUGGCAUCUCAGUCUAAUAAUCUAAUGCAGGUAAGGCGAUCAAGUAUGUAUAUAUAUGCCGCCAUUAAUUUCUGCAGGAAAAAUCGCUCAAGAAAGCAGGGAAUUUCAUUGCAGCCUUGCUUAUUUGGAUUGCCUUUCUUCCUAAAGAUUUUGAACCAAGGAGCUGCACUGGUGCAUGUGUACACGGAUGGCUCAGUGCUGCUUACAUCUGGAGGAAUUGAGAUGGGUCAGGGCCUCUACACAAAAAUGAUACAGGUGGCCAGCAGAGCCCUUCAAAUUCCCAUUGAUAAGAUACACAUCAAUGAAACAAGUUCUGAUACAGUUCCAAAUGCCACAAGUACGGCUGGAAGUACAGGCACUGAGUUUUUUGGCGGUGCUGUUCUGAAUGCGUGUGAGAUCAUCAGGGAGCGAAUAGAUCCAUUCGUGAGACUGAACCCAAGUGGCUCGUGGGAAGAUUGGGUUGAAUCAGCUUACCUUGACAGAGUGAGCCUCUCAGCGACAGGGUUUUAUGUCCCAGAGGGCUCGGAGGGUUACGACUUUGACACGCACACCGGCAAUCCUUACACCUAUCACACUUUCGGAGCUGCCUGCUCACACGUGGAGGUUGAUUGUAUCACAGGAAAUCACGUGAUUCUGAGAACAGAUAUCAUGAUGGACGUUGGGAAGAGUCUGAAUCCAACUAUAGACAUCGGGCAGAUAGAGGGUGCUUUUGUUCAAGGUUGUGGACUGCUGACACUAGAGGAGCUGCGAUACACAGCAGAUGGCUUCCUGUGCACUCGUCACGCUGGCAACUACAAAAUACCAGGUGUCAGUGAUGUACCAGUGGAGUUUAACGUUGCACUACUGCGUAACUCGGAGAACCCUCGUGCUGUAUAUUCAUCAAAGGCGAUUGGAGAACCACCGUUGCUGCUGGCCUCAACAGUUUUCUUCGCAAUUAAAAAUGCCAUCGGAGCGGCAAGAGAGCAGGAAGGAGUUUCUGGUAGCUUCCAAUUUGACAGCCCAGCAACUGUAGAGAACAUCCUUCUUGCGUGUCCAUCUACACUGCUGCCAUCUACAGCUGGAAGUCGUGCAUCUCUCUCCUAGAGUCGAGUUCUCUCCUAUACAAUAUUUUCUACUCUGCUCGUCUACACAAGCUAUUGCUAAUCUUUCUGUAUCUAGCUAAGUACUUCAUCCAGACAUGUAAAACCAGUGAUAAUAAUUCCCUAAUCUAGGAUUUAAUCCUUAGGAUUUUUUCCCUAAUCUAUUAAGUAAAUAAUAUAUUGAAAACUUGAUAUGAACUGUAUUUUUUUAGAGAUUUUUUUUGACGUUUUUCCUAUACAUCUAUUGUGCUAUAAAUUGGAGGCGAUUAAAAAUGGUGUGGUGAUGAAAUACUAGUAAGAAAGGAUAAACAUUAUAUGUAAUAUGAUUCAUGACUACCAUAUAUGCAAUUAUAGCUUUAUCAGUCUAAUCAAUCAAUGAUUACUUCAGGAAACAAAGGCGUGUUAAUAUAAAUAUGAUAAUAUAGAAUAAUAGAAUGUGUAAUAUACUAGAUAUAAAAUUAAACAAGAUAUAAGAGAAACUUGCAUGUUUUUGUCUCGCAAAACCUUAGCUAUAUGUUUAUAUAUGACCAUAUAUCAGGAGUAGAUAAUAGGGAGUAUAACAGGAGUAGAUAAUAGUUCCCUAUUAUCUACUCCUGUCAUAUAUGUAACUGCGAGUGAUUAAUAACAAAAUAUAUACUGCUGAACUGUUAAACUGUUCAUAAAUAUAUAUAAUGCUGUAG